UUCAUAAAAGUGUAACCCCCGAGUCGUAAUGCCCUCCCAUUCACAAAAAAGAAAAAAAAAAUCUGUCAAAGCAUCUGCGCAGUACGUUUCUUACCCUCCCAUUCAUAAAAAGCCAUUUCCCUCAUGUAGUUGCAACAUCGUAUGUAGAAGACUGUGUCCUUACUGCAGUGCACAUCGCACGGAUAGACGUCCGCUUUUACUCCGCGGCUUCGUUUGGAUCUAUCUGUCUCUCUUUUUGCCACUGGAAUAUAUCGCAACGACCUGUUCAUCUGAGAAGGAAAUGAUCUGCUUUCGAAUGAGUGCUAAAUGCUGAGCUCUGGUAUAUGAGGAACACGACCUACAGAUGGAGUCAAGGGUUCCUCACCACAUUCCCGGCGUCUCCUCCUCCAUCAUGGUGCAGCCGUUACUGGACAGCCGCGUUCCCUACGGACGCCUCCAGCACCCGCUGACCAUCUACCCUAUAGACCAAAUGAAAGCUUUGCAUUUGGAGAACGACUACAUCGACACCCCUGCUGUGAUUUCACAACAGCCACCGAGCCACAAGGCAAACCCCAGGGGCCAGGAGGUCCUGCUGGGAGCCCCACACCAUCCGAAUUUAUCCCGCUGUGAGGUGCCAGAUGCCACCACGCACCCCUGGAUCUCCUUCAGCGGUCGGCCUAGCUCCAUCAGCAGCAGCAGUAGCACGUCUUCAGAUCAGCGGCUGCUGGAUCACGCAGCUCCUACUCCUGUUGUGGAUCCGUAUACGACCGGGAAUUCCCACGGCAGGACUCUAGCUGCGGAGCAGCCCAAGAUACUGAGCUCCAAGAACAUUAAGACACUGGCAGCCUUGCCUGAAGAGAAGAAAAAGCAUGUGCUGCUGUGCGAGAAAUGCGGGAAAUGCCGAUGCACCGAAUGCACGCUGCCCCGAACCUUGCCUUCUUGUUGGGUUUGCAACCAAGAGUGUCUGUGCUCCGCACAAAACCUAGUGGACUCGGUGACUUGCAUGUGUCUAGUCAAGGGGGUUUUCUACCACUGCACUGAUGAGGACGAGGAAGGCUCCUGCGCGGACAAACCAUGCUCCUGUUCGCACUCGAACUGUUGCGCACGCUGGUCCUUCAUGGCAGCCGUCUCAUUGGUUUUGCCCUGCCUGGUGUGCUAUUUACCUGCCACUGGCUGUGCCAAGCUUUCGCAGAAAUGCUACGACGGCGUCAGCCGCCCAGGAUGCCGAUGCAAAAGCACCCAGUCCUGCAAGGUGGCAGAAAUCAAGGCCUGUCAGCCAGAAAAACAAGCCUCAUGAUGGUUUGCAGGACCUUCCUCCCAAAAUCAUGGUACUUAAGGUGUUGAAAUCAGUAGCAAUGUUUGACUGAAGGGCACAAAUGAUCAUUUCACGUACUGCAAAGAAGUUCUUCUCCUCACGAUGGUUCUACGUAUUAGCCUCUACUAAAGGACCUUGCAAACACAGAAUGCUGCAUUUCCAAAAGAUCUCUGUUUGUUUUCUCUUUGAGAAACCACCCAUUCAGAAGCGUUCUCCACUUUGGCAAUCCCUCUCCGGAUCCGGAAGACAGAAAGUGCAGCGAAUUCCAAGCUGAUAACACAUGUCACAAUCAAAAUAACCAGACUUCAUCUCUGUGCACAGUGCAUUUACGAGCUUGUUCUAGAGCUUUUAUUUCUUGUGUUGUUUGAAAUGCAAACAUGGGAGGUGAUUGCGUGCCACUGAAGGAUUCCGAGUCCCCAUUGCGAAAGACGCCAGGUAUCCUCGUGGCAGGAUGUUUUCAAUCUUCAGUGGGGGACCGAAUGUUGGUUUGUUUAUUUGAUGGCUAAUAGGUGAAAAAGCUUUCGUGAGUCCCUUUGAUGACAUGCCAUAGCAUACUUCCAUAAAGAUUCUUCCAAAUGUUUAGCGGUUCAGUUCGUUGUAUGACCUCAGGGAUCAUCAGUUUAUCUGAAAUUACAUGUGAAUUCAGCUUGGAAGGAGUUUGGUGACUAUAUAGCAAGGACAUUCAUAAGCUACGAGAGGAGCUGCGCCAGCAGUGAGACAAGCUAUAAAGCUAGCUUAAUAAACACGCCAAUCACCAUGAUGACGAGGCAAAAGCACAGUAUUAUGUACAGUAGAUGUACAAAGUGUUUCACUGUAGAUGGAAGACAAACAAAAAACUCUCUAGUUUACUACCGCUACCAAACAUAACACGCGCCCUAGUAUCAAACUGCUCUAUUUUUGUCGUCAUGUGUAUAGAGAUAUUGCCAAAGGAGUGCACCGUGGGGUUUUUGGUUAACUCGAGUGGGCGUGCGUUGUUGUACUCUAGCCAAUUAGUAAGCUCUUAAAGGUACGGUGCACACUUCACCAAGAUCCCUAGAGGGCACGAAGGGAACGAAUAACGCCUGCCUUUUUUUUAACCCGCGAAACUAGGACCUCGCUGGUCUGUAUUUUCUCAUAUUCCAACAUUUGCACAAAUCCGAAAAGCAGAAAUACACUACUGUUCUUAGUCUUGAAUGUAUAAGGCUAGGGUAUACGUUUGCAAUCGAACCCGCCGUGGAUAGCGUACGCAUAUAGCCGCAUUGGGAAGAGUUGCAAAUGUACCAUAGAUUAUUUGUUUCGUUGUUGACCUAUGCAGGUUACUUGUAAAUAGUCAUCCAGAAAAAAAAAAAACUAGCUAUCUUGAAAAAGUGUCCUGAGAAAAUUGCAUGGUACCGUUUAAUUACGAUUCAGUACAAAAGUAUAUAAAUGAAUUAUUAUAAAUAUAUAUAUAUAUAUUUUGUUUUCGAGGGGGGGGUUGGGGUUAUGUGGCUGUGGCGUAGAAAGGCGUUUAGGUAUUUCAAUUACAAGCACUUGAUUUAGAAAAGUGUGCCAGGCAAUAAAAAUACCUCUGUUAAUGCUAGCCAUGCCUCAUUAGCACGAGAGAGGCAAGGCUAAUCCCGGUUCCUCCGUGCCCCUGAAACUGUAGAUCGAAUCGAAUUCGCUCAAGGAACGGCAUUUGGUUUUUUUGCUUUCCCCCUCCUUCCUCCUAAAAUGGUGCAACAUCUUCAGGGCUUGAUUGACGUAUACAGCUGCUGUGCAUGAACGUGUCUGGGAGGAACAGGGAUCCCUCUCAAAUAACAUUCCAGUCCAUCCUAUUUGGUGUUUUCUUUAGCUUUCUCUCUUAUUUUUCAUCUUUCACACUUCUCUUUUGACUAUGAAGAACGAUACGGCUAUAAAAAUGGCUGCGCAGAACUUCCUUUUUAAUCCACCAUCAUCUAUGGGAGGUCUAUUUGUGGUACAGUUUCUUGGUCAGCGGAAACCCAUAUUGUUUUAGACUUUUUAAGCUGCCUUCCAAACUGGGCUUGUACUCUCUGCGUUUCCUUUUUUUUGGCUUCAUUGUUAAUGCGAAGAUUAAAGAUAAGAGCAAUGUGCUUUUGUUUUGUUUUAAAAAAAAAUAAGCAAAAAGGAAAAAAAAAAGUACAAAUCUCUCACACAUAUGAAAAUGUCCCUUUAUAGAUAUAUUUAUUUUGAAGUUCUAUUUUAUAUAGUAUUUAUUUAGAUGCCUACUUUUGUUUGUGAAUAAAAAAAGCUUAUGUCGAAACGGAAUGUACAUUGAAAAUCUGAAAAUAUAUAUAUUGUUAAAUAUA